CAGCCCAGCCCUGUGCUCCCAGGUUCCAGUGACGUUCGAGGACAUCGUGGUGCACUUCAGCGGGGCAGAGUGGGCAAGCCUGGAUGAAGAGCAGAGGGAGCUGUACAGGACUGUGAUGGAGGACAACUACGAGAUGCUGGUGUCCCUGUACUGUACCAUAUCCAAGCCAAAGUUCUUACUUCAGAUCGAAAGGGAAGAGGAGCUCCACGUGCCGGCAGCAACGGGAGGCCUGGAGGGAAUUGAAAUGUCCCUGGAGCAAGCCACAGAGCCAGACAGCCUGAGCUGCACAAGUGACAGUGCUGUGCUGGAGAUAAAAACAGAGUCUUGUGAGGGCACCUAUGGGAACCCAGAAGAAAGCAGUACUCCCGUGGUCUCAGUGCACAUCCCUCAUGAAGCCGCUGCUGUCCCAGCAGCCCUCGGCCAGCCGACGCUAUCCCCUUCCUGCCCUCUCACCAUGUGCUGCCUGGAAGUAGGGAAUCCGAAUGCUGAGAUGGGGAUCCCAACGGAGGUACCACAGGAGGAUGCUGCUGUGGAGGAGCUGGCAGUUCCUGAAACACCCUCGGUAGGUCUGAAGGAGGAGGACGUGAAGGAUGUGGAGUGCAGUGGCCAAAACUUGGAGGCAGAGCUUCCUGCAGACCCAGGGAAGGGGGCAAUGCUGGAUGACUGUGGAGUAGUGGCCCAGGCAGAUCCCAGCUGCACAGCCACCACUGUGGGAGAGCCUGCGGAGGGCUCCUGUGUGGGCCAGCGGAAUUCCAUGCGGGAGAAGACCUACUCCUGCUCCGUGUGCAGGAAAAAUUUCCUGCUUGAGAUCAACCUCAUCAUCCACCAGUGCAGCCACAGCAACUUGGUGCCCUACAUCUGCCGCCACUGCGGCCGCAGCUUCAUGUCCAAGAGGAAAAUCCGGCGUCACAUGCGGGUCCGGGAGGUCCUGGGGCUGUGCCAGCCCUCAGAGGUGGAAUGCUCUGUGUCCCAGCACCGGGGCUGCAGCACUACCAGGAGGAAGCCAAGAAGCAGCGAAUUCCCGCUGCCACCUGGGAACAUGAUGUAUACGUGCAAGGAGUGCAUGGAGAACUUCUCCAGCCAGAGCUUCCUGAUGGUGCACCAGUGGCAGCACAGCCAGGAACACCUCAUCCUCUGCCCCUGCUGCAACCAGAGCUUCACCUGGGCUUCAGACUUUGUCCGCUGCCACCAGCCCCACAUAGGUGAGCGACCCUACCAGUGCGGUGUCUGCCAGAAGGCUUUCAAGCGCUAUCAGCACCUGGCCAUGCACCAGCGGGUGCACGAGCGGCAGAACAGGCCCUACCCCUGCACGGAGCUGCUCUCUGUGCCGGCAGCACCCAUUUAGGUGUGGAGGUGGGAGUGGGAAGCGGAGUAGAAAAAGGGGUGGGAAGCUGGGGGGUCUCCUGGGAAUAAGAAGAUGUGGUUGGACUUUCUCCUCUUCCCCUAACUGACUGUGGAUGCAAGCAUAUUGGGUGAAGGGUGGAGCAUGGGUGCCAUCACCUGGUUCCUCCAUGGGGAUUGAGGACCCCCAGCGUUGCAGUGCGUGUGUCGUCAUGUGUGGUACAUGGGUUGCGCCUCUUGCCUGAGCCCUGGUGGGACAGCUGGGAGCAGGAGCUGCCAUGGCUGUGGAUAUGUGCCUUUUCUGGAGAGUGCCAAUAGAUGCUGUAGAAACCAGGAUA